AUGCGCGAGGCGCUAGCGAUUUUCGAUCGAAUGCCGAUGAGGAACGCGGUGCCCUGGAAUGCCCUGAUCAAAGCGUAUGCCCUAGAUGGGAAUCUGGUAGAUGCGCGGCAUCUAUUCGAAACCAUGCCCGCGAAGACGGCCGUGACGUGGAACCUCUUGAUCACCAGCUAUGCCCAGCUAGGGCAUCUGGAGGAAUGCUGGAGUUUCUUCAAUUCCAUGGCUGGUCGCGACAUUGUGACCUGGACAACGAUCAUCCAGGUCUUUGCCGACGCCGGCGACAUCGAAUCGACACAGAUUUUCUUUAAUCGCGUGCCUUUUCGCAACAUCUACACCUGGAACACGCUCCUCGCGGGCCAUGCCCAAUUAGGGCAUCUUGAUCGAGCGCUAGACCUCUUCCGGGAGAUGCCCGAGCGCGAUGUGAUCUCCUGGAACGCCCUAAUCGUUGCCCACGGCGAGAAGGGCUUUGUAGACCAAGCCCGGCGAGCAUUCGACCUGAUGCCCGAGCAAGACGUGGUGUCCUGGACGGCCAUAGCACAGGCAUAUUCCCGAAAUGGCCACCUGGCCCGCGCGCUCGGAAUGUUCCAGGCGAUGCCGCAGAAGAGCCCCUUCGCGUGGACGGCCACGAUCUCGGGAUAUGCCGAGAACGGGCAAAUGUGCGAGGCGGAAUCUACCUUCCACACCAUGGAGCACAAGGGGGUGGUGGCGUGGAACGCGCUGCUCCAGGGACACGUGGACAACGCCAGCGCCGUCGAGAAGGUGCGGUCGGGAUUCGAUCUCAUGCCUGCGAGGAAUCUCGUGGGCUGGAACUGCAUGCUAGCGGCAUAUGCCCACGCGCGGCAUCUUGACGAGGUCCGGGGGAUAUUCCACGCAAUGCCGCAAAGGAACGCCUCCUCUUGGACCUCGCUGCUGGUGGCCACUGGCCACAAAUGCCCGCCCCGUACAGCCGAGCUCGUGUACGGCAGAAUGCCCCAGUGGAGCGUUCCCGCCACGACGAGCUUGCUCCUCACGCUGGCCCAGGGCGGCGAGCACUCGCGCGCGAAGGAGCUCUUCGAUUCCAUGCCGCAGCGCAGCGCGAUCUCCUGGGCGGCGCUGCUCCAAUCCAGCGCGCUGGACGCGAGCUCGGCGAUGGAGGUCUUCGCGCGAUCGCCGUGCCACAACCUCGCCGGGUGGACGGGGAUGAUCCAGUCACUAGCGCUGGCGGGACGGAUCGACGCCGCGCGGGAUCUCUUCGCGGCAAUGCCCGAGCACGACACCAAGUCCGACACAGCGAUGAUCCAGGCGUACGCCGAGGCCGGGCAUUUGCCGGAGGCGCUAGAGGUCUUCGCGUCCAUCCCCUCGCCCGACGCAUUCUCCUGGAACACCGUCUUGCAAGCCUGCGCUGUUCAUGGCGAUCUCGCGAAGCUCCGGGAGCUCCUCCACAAGAUGGGCAAUCCAAACGCCGUGUCGUGGACGAUCCUGAUAGUGGCGUAUGCCCAGAGGGGGCAUCUGGCGCUCGCGCGGGAGAUCUUCGCCGGGAUGGCCUCGCAGGACUUCGUCGCUUGGAGCGCGAUGAUCCUCGCCUACGCAAACACUGGCGCCUACGCCGCGGCGCUGGAUCUCUUCCGGCAGAUGGUUCUUCACGGCUUCCAGCCCAGCGACAUCACCUUCGUGGGUCUUCUCGCGGCUUUCGGCCAUGCCGGGAGGCUCCGCGAGGGCGUCGAGUGCUUUACGGCCAUGCAGGACGGCUUCUUCGUGCCACCCACGCUCGUCCACUUCCACUGCAUGAUCAAUGUUCUCGGCCGCUCCAAGCAUCUGGGAGACGCCGAGGAGCUCGUCGAGACGAUGCCGUUUCUGGCGGACGAGGUGGCGUGGAUCACGCUGCUGGCAGCGUGUAAGAUGCACGGCGACGUCAAGCGGGCCGAGAGGAUCCUGGAGCGAGUGAAAGAGCCCACUGCGUAUGUUCUCGUAGCGAACGCGCUGCGAGAGCCAUCACUGGGCUUCGCUUCUGCAAAGUAG